CACAAUUUACACACGAUACUCCACUAUCUCACCCUUCACUUUCGUUUGCCAAGUUGUUGUUCAAAUAAAAAUUACCUGUGUAUAAUUAAACAUACGGGCUAAUUGCACCGCUUAUAUUCUGUGCCUAGAUAACCGCUGUGUUUAUUCACGUCGCCCCGUCCGUGUACCUGAGCAUUAGGAGGGGUUGAUAAGAGUUGUGUGAAGUACCUUGAAUUUGUUUCAUUCAGUUCGUGAGCUAAGUUUGUGUUAUUAAGAUGUCUGAUAGUGGAGACAGCGAUGUUUCAUGGAUAUUGUACAAAGAGAGACCGGACUGGAGCGACCUGAAGCCGGUGCCAGAAGACGAUGGACCUAGUCCCGUCGUGGUCAUCGCACAUUCCGAAAAAUUUGAAGAUGUGUAUGAUUUCUUCCGUGCUAUUCUCCAGAAGAAUGAGAAGUCUGAGCGAGCACUGCAAUUAACAAGAGAUGCGGUCGAACUCAAUCCAGCAAAUUAUACUGUUUGGCAAUAUAGGAGAGACGUGCUGAAAGCACUAGGCACAGACUUAAGAUCUGAAUUAGAUUAUGUGGAAACAGUGAUAAAACAUUCACCGAAAAAUUAUCAAGUGUGGCACCACCGGAAGGUGCUAGUAGAGUGGCUGCAGGACCCCUCUAUGGAGAUCGAGCUGACUGGCGACGCGCUCCUACAGGACCCCAAGAACUACCACGCAUGGCAACAUAGACAGUGGGCAAUUAAAACUUUUGGUCUCUACGCAAAAGAAUUGGACUUCGUUGACGCUCUGCUAGUUGAAGACGUCAGAAACAACUCUGCGUGGAACCAGCGCUACUUCGUGAUGAACAACCACCACGGCUGGUCUGACAUGAACGUGCAAAAGGAAAUCUGUUACACACUGGAAAAGAUAAAAUUUAUCAAGAAUAAUGAGAGUGCAUGGAACUAUUUAAGAGGCGUGUUGUUGCACGACAAAAGGGGAAUGAGUGGAAAUGCAGUUGUCUUUAACUUUUGUGAAGAAUUAUACAAAAAUAAAUGCCGGUCACCUUAUCUCCUCGCUUUCAUCAUAGACGUCUGUGAUGAAGCCAUAAAGAAGGGAGAAACUAACUCCUUCCAUAAUGCUGAUAGAGCAAUCGAACUAUGCCAGGCUUUAGCGGGAAAAUAUGACAAAAUUAGAUGCAAGUACUGGAAUUACAUGUGCGAAAAAUUCAAAAAGAUCCCCAAGGAACAAAAUGGGCAAGACAACAUGGAGGUAUAAUUUAUAAUUAGUACCUAUUUGUAUAUAGAUAGACUUGGAAUCCGAAACUUGAAUUUCUAUAAAAUAAGCAUUAUGUGUUCAUUCUAUUGAAACAAACUGUAAAUGGGCAUAAAAAUAGUAAAAACUAUAAACUAUACAGUAAAUAUUAGACUUGUAAUUCUUAAUACUUUUUAUAAAGCGAAUCUAAAAGACGUAGAAUAGAACGCAGGGUUUUAUUUCACGUCGCGACGUGAAUUAGUUGCUGCUGUGCUGUGUCGUAUAUUAUACAUUUUGUUGUACAGUGAUUUAAUAAACGUUUGGGAUUAUCAA